AUGAUUAUGGACACACAAUCGUGCAUGAUGUGUGUGUUGUGUACUCGAGAUAAAGAGAAUGAUCGUAAUAAUUUUAUUGAAUAUUGGAGAAUUAUCAAAGCUGGAAAAGAAUUAGUUUUAAGGGUCUGCUGGUGCUCCCCGCAGUGGAGCACACAUCAUAAUGUCACAGUUUCACUAGGAAGGACAAUUCAAUUUGUCGCGCUAGCUGCGGUCAUAAAGGACAAAAAGAAAUAUGGCAAUGGCGAUUUGAUUUUUACUGUAGAACUGGAAAUCGAUGAUAAAUUAAUGGAGUCAGUUGUUGGAACCACGAAAGUUCGUGUCUCGGUUGUGGAAUUUCUGGAAUUUGAAUGUUUUUGCUUUCUUCUUCUUAAUUCUCAGUACAAGUUGCCAUUAACUUUGUUACUUACGCACAUGCACAUCCCGCAAGGGAUCCAUUUGGAUCGUGUAAAAACUAUUAUGAGUUGCUUUUUACUUCGUUAUGCUUUGGCAAUCGAAAUGACAUGA